AUGCGGGGCCAUACGCUGACGGAGGAGGAGCAGCAGGACAACAGCAACGGGCGCAACGUGGACGAUGCAAUCAUCGACCUCUUCUCCCUCGCCCUCUUCUCCCACUCCCUCCUCCUCUCUCCCACCUCCACCUUCGGCUACCUCAUUGCUGCCCUCGCCCCCCACACCCCGGCCCGCUUUGCCUCCUCCUCCUGCCCCCCUUGCCCCCCAGAGCCGUGCUACCACCACCCCCCCACCCAGGGUCAGUGCCCUGACGGCCAGCCACUGCUGCUGGAGCGUGCCCUGACUGCGGUGCCCCACCUGCCUCUCAUGCGCUGUGCUGACCUCUCACCGGGGCUCGCAGUCAACACUGCUGCUGCUCUUGCUGUUGAUUCUGGGCAGUAG